AAACAAUAGGCAGCCCGGGGCAGUUGUUUUUUGUUGGCGGCAGGAACUCACUCUGAGAAGAGACAAAUUAAGCCUGCUGCUUAAACAAGAUUUCCUUUGUAGGCUAUACACUAAACAGGAUGCAUCAGUUUGAGUCCUCUCAUGGUACUUGGAAGGCCUACGAACAAUUCCUUCUCCAGUCUCUGAGAUGAACUGAAUAUUUUCUCGUCAAAGCGAGUAGUAUUUUAUAAUUAAUGAUACUGACGGGAUGAUGCGCGUACUGAUUCUGAUGUUAUCCUGUUUUGUCUCUGGCGGGACCGACCGGGUGAGCACAACAUGCAUCCCCGAGGCUUGUCUCACGUUGCAUUUGGAGAAAAAACGCUUUGAAAAUGCUUCAGAAGACUGUAUCAAUAAUGGCGGCAAUUUGGUUACUAUGAGAAAUGAAAAUGAACUUCAGAGCAUCAAAUCGGUUCUUUCAGCAGCAGGAGAAUACAACAUACUUAAUUCUAAAGUUUGGAUCGGACUUAAGCUGCAGAAAACAAACUGCACCGAUUUCACUGAGGAGUUAAAGGGCUUCAGAUGGACGUCAAAGCCAACCAAUUCCGAAUAUUCCAACUGGAAAAAGACACCUUUGCGCACGUGCACGGAAAAAAGGUGUGUGUCGAUUUCACUGGCAGAUGGUCUCCAGUGGUCAGAUGGCUCAUGUAGAGACAGUGCAUUUUAUAUGUGCAAAUUUAUCUUCAAAGGAAUGUGCAAACCAAUAGAGUUUGAAGAACCAGGUGAUGUCAAAUAUAAUGUUCCGUUCUUACUUAAACCGCUACGUCCAAAUGAAAGGUUGGCGAUGUUACCACAUGGGACAUGGGCUGAAAUACAAUGCAGUGGCUCGGAAGAUGCAGAAACUUUUGUCUCCAUUUGUCUCAACAAUAACUCUCUUUUUGGCUGGAAACCUGAACGUUUUUGCACACAAAAUAAAAGUUGCAAAAACAGAGGCUGUGAUCACGGUUGUUUUGAGACUGCAGGAGCAGGUGUUCAUUGUGAAUGUCGUGAAGGCUAUUACCUCAUGGAUGAUAAAGUGAGUUGUGCUCCUAGAAUUAACUGCAAAAAUUCACCUUGCGAAUCAAAGUGUGUACCGACUCCCACUGGGUUUUCAUGCAAAUGCUUGGAUGGAUUUAAUUUGGCUGAAGACAAGGUCAGUUGCAUUGAUAUCAAUGAAUGUCAGCAACAUAUGUGCGGUGAACACAGGUGUCGAAACACUCCGGGAAGCUAUUUUUGUGAGUGUAAACCUGGUUUCAGGCUUGUUGCUGGCAAAUGUGAAGACGUGGAUGAAUGCACCGAAUUCAGAUGUCAGCAGGGCUGUCUCAAUUCAGAGGGGUCAUUCUCUUGUUACUGCCACGCAGGAUACAGUUCAUCAUCAAACAAUAGCAGGAAAUGUAUAGAUAUCAAUGAAUGUGUAAGUAGACCGUGUGAAGACAACUGCCACAAUACCUUGGGUAGUUUCAAAUGUUCCUGUAGGGAAAACUUCCUUUUGGCUAAAAAUGGCAUCAGCUGUAUCCCGUAUCCCAUAGAGAAAAUACAAAUCACUCCAUCUCCAGAUCAUAGUGGUGUGUUCAUCACUAAAAUGAGUCAGUCGCCUGUCACUUCUGGACCGUCAACAAUCAACACCCCUCUACUUAACAUGACAAACACUAAAGCGGACAGUAAACGCAAAGAAAGUUUUCUCGGAAGUUAUGUGAUGUUGGUGUGCGUCUUGGGUUCAGUUAUUCCAUUGACUGUGAUCACUGUGCUCAUCAUGUCUGUCUUUGUUAUCCACCGAUGGAAUCGUUCAAGAAAAGCCGCUUUGAAAAAUGCCAACGCUGACAACUACUGCUGGGUUUCAUCUGGAAUUGACAAUGAACAUAAAAAGAACAACAGCCAACUGAAUGAUUAAAUGAAGCCAAAAUAUAAACGUUUAGUUUUUGUCAGCAUCAAAUUCAAAGGUUAAUUUACUCAAAUGCUGUUUUCCUAAUUUUAAUGUCCUUUUUAUAGCCUACACUAGUUCAAUUAUUAUUAAUUUUAUUAUUAUUUGUGACUUGUGUACUUUAAACUGCAAUUCCAUAAUUAUCCGGAGGGGGUUC